AUGGUGAACUUUAUCAGAUCUUUUUUGCUGCUGAUAUUCUGCGCUGUCCUAGUUGCGGAUGAACCGACUGAAAGCGACCAGAAACGGAUCAUGGAUUUCAUAUCAGUCUUAAGUGGCAGCUGGAGCAACAAGGACCAGGUAGCGACCAGUUCAGGAGGGCAUGACCUUGUAGAAGGCUAUGCUCGGCACGUGGAGAUGCCUGCUCUAGCGGAUAAAUUUGUGUUAUUGGUGGAGAAUGCUGUCAAUAAUCGCGUGGUCCUCCUCAAUGUGGUGGAAGUAGUCUUAGAUGAGACAGACAAGAAUUUAAUUCGACUGAAACCAUAUGAAUUCACAGACCCAAGGAAAUACAAACCCAAAGAGUUCAGCGUUGAUGACCUUCGCAAUAUAACAAGAGAUGAGCUAAAACAUGACCCAGACUGUGUGGACAAUCUAGCACGGUUAGCUGAUGGAGUCUACUCGGGUAUCUGUGCCAUGUGUGGCAUUAAGGUUUUCGGGCGAACUCCAGGCUAUGCUGUGACGAUAACGUGUGAGGAAUGCACCGGUGCUUUUCCACUCUCUAUCCCUGCAAAAUCAACAACAGUACCCUACAUCUUCCGUUUGAUUGAAAAGUAUCCACUGCUGAAUGCUCCAGCAAACUACGUGAGUCCCUGUGACAAGAAGUUGGGUGGCUCGUCCAACUCCACUCAGGGCUAA